AUUUGGGAUGAAGCUCCAAUGAUGAGUAAACACUGUUUUGAAUCAUUGGAUAGGAGUAUGUUAGACAUUGUUGGAGACAAUGAUAAGAGACCUUUUGGUGGCAAAGUUGUCGUAUUUGGUGGAGACUUUAGACAAGUAUUGCCUGUCAUUCAUGGAGCUGGAAGGGCUGAGAUCGUUAUGGCUGCUCUUAAUUCAUCUUAUCUUUGGAAGCAUGUAAAAGUUUUGCAAUUAACCAAGAAUAUGCGGCUACUGUCAAAUAAUCUAUCUACUGAAGAGGCAAAAGAAUUGCAAGGGUUUUCACAAUGGAUAUUAGACAUUGGAGAUGGAAAGAUUGGUGAUGGAAAUGAUGGGGAAGCUCUUAUCGACAUUCCAGAAGAGUUCUUAAUUCUUGAUGCUGAUGAUCCAGUGGAAGCUAUAAGCGCAGCAGUAUAUGGAGAUGCUACUUCUUUACACCAGAAGGACCCAAAGUUUUUUCAAGAGAGAGCUAUACUGUGUCCUACUAACGAGGAUGUGAACAUUAUUAAUCAACAUAUGCUGGAUAAGCUUGAUGGAGAGGAAAGAAUAUACUUAAGGUCUGAUUCUAUCGACGCUUCUGAUAAGUUUUCUGUUAAUGACCAAGCUCUCACUCCAGAUUUCUUAAACAGAAUUAAAGCAUCAGGAUUGCCAAAUCAUAUUCUGCGACUGAAAGUUGGUUGUCCAGUGAUGUUGCUAAGAAACAUAGAUCCUACUGGGGGAUUGAUGAAUGGAACGCGUCUUCAGAUUACAGAAAUGUAUGACUUCAUGAUAAAGGCCAAAGUUAUUACAGGGGAAAAGGUUGGCCGAACUGUGUUAAUUCCUAGGCUUUCAAUAACUCCUUCAGAUAAAAAGAUGCCAUUCAAGAUGAGGAGGAGACAACUGCCUAUUGGUGUGGCAUUUGCUAUUACCAUCAACAAAAGUCAAGGCCAAACUUUGUCUGAAGUUGGUAUUUAUCUACCAAGGCCUGUUUUCUCUCAUGGACAACUAUAUGUGGCUGUUUCCAGAGUCACUUCUAAGAAAGGCUUGAAGAUAUUGAUUGUUGACAGCGAAGGCAAACCUCAACGUCAAACAAAAAAUGUGGUCUUUAGAGAGAUUUUUGACAAUCUAUGAUUUCAGACUAUUUGUUUUGUCUUUUAUAACUUUGUUGGAACGUGGAUUUAUAUACAGUUUAUGGUUCUAUGUUUA